AUGUUCCUCUUACGUUCUGCUGUGCCGUUUUGUCUACCUGUCUUCAUCGGGUUGUGUCAGAAGAAGACACUUGGAGCUCUCUGCAUUGACAUUAAUGGUGUGACCAUCUACAGUUUUCUCUCUAUCGCUCUAUCCAACGGCCCAUAUGGAUCACCACAUCUUGAUUAA